AUGCAAAAAACUAAAUUUUCAAAAAACAUUAAACACUUGAUUUCCGCUGUAUUUGGUCUUUUGUUAUUGGGGGUCCUCAUUUCCAGUGCAAUCAGCAAUGGAAAUAAACUAAACUAUUUUAGCUUAAACAAGAGAGAUUCUGUAAUAACAAGAAAUGAUGAAAUUAGUUCAAAAUAUGGAAAGCCUGUAAUUGAAGCACCAUUUGGUAUUAAUGCCUUACGUAUUGCUUUAUGGCAAUUAGCUCAAUCUUGUCAAGAUUGGAGUAAUGGAGACAAUGGAGCAGUUGCUGUUGGUGGUUGUAUCUAUGGUGCCAUUUCUACGUUGGUAACAAUUGCUGGUGCUGGUUGGGCUGGUUAUGCUAAAGGAACUCAAAUCAAAAAAGCGGUAGAAGUUAUUAGAGCUUGGUCUAGAGCAAUUGGUUUUAAGAAAAGAGAUAUAACAGAUAUUGCCACUCAUGUUUUAACAGUUCAAUCGAUUUUAACAAAUAUCACAGGGUUACCGCAUUCAAUUUUAAUUGAUUACAAUCAUGAGCCAUUGUUCAGUAAAUUUUAUGAUGGAGGAUUGUUAUAUACAGUCAAUAAUAGUGCUGGGGUUCCUGUCCUUGGUCUGAUAAAAGCUUAUAAUAAUGGGAGCCACGAUUUAGGUCGAAUUUAUCAUGGCUUUUUGAAUCAAUCAAAAUAUGAAAACAAUGGCAAAAGGAAAAGGGGUGAACAAUUCAAUGAACAAGAUUUUACAUCUGGUGGGUUAGAAAUGACUUUCUUAUUUAAUGACGCAGAUCAUGGUAUAUUAUCAACAAGCAAUGAUUAUGGAACAAUUGACCAUCAAGUUAGUUGUGUAUUAAAUGGAUUACCUAAUAAUAUGUUUGAAUUUCAAAUUCUUGAUAAUAAUCAUAGAGGUACUAUUGCUGGUGGAAAUAUUCGUGGGUUUACUGAUGAACCUUAUGAUGAGGAUCGUAUGGAUCAUAUAAGUGCUGGACUAGCGCCUAGGCAAGAAUGUGAAGUAUCAUGA